GUGAUUUUUGGCGUUUGGCCAUAACGUCUUGCAGCUGUUGUCGAGUAGUCUGCUUCGAGUGUAGCAUCACUAGCUGGCAGAUACAAACGUAAUGGAUUUCAACGUGAAGAAGUUAGCCUCCGGCGCGGGAUUGUUUUUUACACGAGCUGUCCAGUUCACAGAGGAGAAGUUGGGCCAGGCGGAGAAGACUGAGUUGGACGCUCACUUUGAGAACCUGAUGAGCCGCGCAGACUGCACCAAACACUGGACAGAGAAAAUCUACCGACAGACUGAGGUCCUGCUGCAGCCCAACCCAAGUGCCAGAAUUGAGGAGUUUCUCUAUGAAAAGUUGGAUAGGAAGGCACCUUCCAGAAUUACCAAUGGAGAGCUGCUUGGUCAGUAUAUGCAGGAUGCAGCUAAGGAAUUCGGUCCGGGAACUCCAUAUGGGAAUACGCUGAUCGAGGUGGGAGAGUGUGAGAGAAGAUUAGGAGCGGCAGAGAGGGAGUUCCUCCAGACGUCAACCAUCAGCUUUCUUACCCCCCUCAGGAACUUUCUAGAAGGAGACUGGAGGACCAUUUCAAAAGAACGGCGUCUUUUGGAGAAUCUUCGGCUGGACCUGGAUGCCUGUAAAACACGUCUGAAGAAGGCCAAGGUGGCUGAGUCUAAGGCUGCGUGCGAGGGUGAAAUGGCGCCAGAUUUUCAGGAGACCAGACCCCGCAACUAUGUACUUUCGGCAAGUGCCUCUGCGCUCUGGAGUGAAGAAGUGGAAAAAGCUGAACAUGAACUCCGAGUGGCCCAAACAGAGUUUGACCGGCAAGCCGAGGUUACUCGGCUACUUUUGGAGGGCAUCAGUAGUACACAUGUGAACCACUUACGCUGCCUGCAUGAGUUUGUGGAGGCCCAAGCAGCUUACUAUAAGCAGUGUCAUCUCCACAUGCAAGAACUACAGAAAGAGCUGGGAAGAAGCAGAAGUUGUCUCCUACAGGUGACCCUGGGUACUGCAAUGGAUAUUCUUACAACUCAUGAGAGGCAAUGUUGCUACCGAUACCUGCUGGUGUAGCUAAUAAACUGCUCUCACAUAUACAGAUCUCUGUGGUACAGAGUGGACAAAAUUCCACAAAUGCGUAAAAAUCGAAGUCAAAAAUGUAAUGUGACCUGCAAAUUGACAGGAAAUGAGCAAAAAUGUGCAAAAACUGUUUUGUGUAUUAAAAUACAUCCACAAAUGCAUAAAUAACACUUGUAUGUGGAAUUAAAAUAUGUGAGUACAGAGUAAAUUGUACAUAUUUACAAAUUGCACUGUAUUUUUGUGGAUAUGUAUAAUGUAAAAAUAGAUGUUUUGGAUAGUGAGAUAUUUGUGUAUAUUUUUUUACAGAUGUCCGCAGUACACAUUGAACAAAUGUAAAAAUACAUAUUUGUAGAUAGUGAAAUAUUUGUGCAUCAUAGUACACAUUUGUGGAUUGUUUUCUGUGGGUUACAAAUAUUAAAGUCCAAUAAAAUCUUCCAUAACGUACAGCCCACGGCGACCCAUCCUUAAACCAUUACAGAGCUCAUUACGGUUGUGGAAGAAGCACUCGAUUAGUAAUUUAACAUGCCCUGAGGCGUACAGUAUGAACAUUGCGGUUGCUGCGGUGAUUGCCAUCCUCCGCGGUAGGCUUGACCAAUAGCGCAGUAUUUCAAUUUUGCGGUUAUCGCAACAGCCCUAUUGUGAGGAGGCAUAAAUAUAAAUAAUGUUACAUUAUGUUUAAUGUGCCAGACAUUACUUGUAAUUGAUAUAUUUAUUGUUAUGAAUACUAUAUUAAAGGAAAUAACUUUAAUAUAGGAUAUUUCUCCGUACCAGUCAGGUCCUCUGGAGGCCUGUCUGUUUUUGUUGUUUUUGGUUUUGUCAAAUCAUAACAAUUCAUUUUCCCUGUCUCAUGCCCUCAGUUCCGAUGAGGACGUGUGAGUAUGGCUCAUCUUCUUGUGUGCUGAUGUGAUUUAUCUUUCUCUUAGUGCAUAUGUUCUAACCCAUGUUCUAACAUUAGCUGGCUUUCCAAUUCUGUCCUGUAAAAAAAACAACACGUUUGGUCCUGUGUGUUCACUUCUGCUGCUCUGCACCACCCAGACAACAAUGUCAUUUCCUGAGGAAGUGUCGUUCCAUUUGUUGAGCUGCUGUUUUCUUACUUUACUGUGUUUUGGCAUGGCUGUCUAAGACCAAAUGCAUUUCUGGACAGAAGAGCUUUGUCCGUGGAACCAUUUUUGUUAAAUAAAGCAAUUUCAUUAACUUACAUAUGUUCCAGUGUAGAUGUAGUGGUAUUUAUUUUGUUAUUUAUGUAAGUUUUAUUUUAGUGCAAUGCAGGUGUGAAAAAAAUGCUGUAAAAUAAGAAUGUUUUCACAAAUAGACAUGUUAAUAGAUUAUAUUAAUCAAUUAAAAUUUGAAGUGAAUGAAAUCUAAAACAAAUCAAUAUGCGGAGGGACCUCCCUUUGCCUUCAAAACAGCGUCAGUUCUUCUAGGUACACUUGCACAUAGUUUCUGAAGCAACUCAGCAGGUAGGUUGGCCCAAACGUCUUGGAGAACCUCUGUCCGUCCUUCUGUGGAUUUAGGCAGCCUCACUUGCUCUCUCUUCAUGUAAUCCCAGACAGACUGGAUGAUAGUGAGAUCAGUGCUCUGUGGGGGACAUACCAUCACUUCCAGGACUCAUUGUUUUUCUUAAAGCUUCAAGAUAGUUCUUAAUGCUAUGUGUUUGUUGUCAUGCUGCAGAAUACAUUUGGGGCCAAUCAGAUACCUUCCUGAUGGUAGUUGAUUAGGAGUAAGUAUCAGCCUGUACUUCUCAGCAUUGGGAAGACAUUAAUAUUUCCCUAACCUUGCAAGGAACCUCCACCAUGCUUCACUGUUGCCUACAGAGACUCAUGUACCACUCUCCAGUCCUUCAGCCAACAACCUGCCCUCUGCUUCAGGCAAAUAUUUAAAAUUUUGACUCAUCUGUCCAGAGCACCUGCUGCCAUUUUUCUGCACUCCAGUUCCUGCAUUUCCGUGCGUAGUUGAUUCGCUUGGCCUUGUUUCCGUGCCGGAGUUAUGGCUUUUUGGGCCCAAGUCUUCCAUGAAGGGCACUUCUGAUCAGACUUCUCCGGACAGUACAUGGGUGUAACAGGGUCUGUAGCAAAGGGCAAGAGCAGUCACACUACCUGGAUUCGAACACGGUUCUACAGGGUACUUAACAUGCAACUCUGACCACAACGCCAACAAGCCAGGCUAGUUGGUAUGGCUGUCCGAGCACAUUCUCAACCAUAGUGACAGUACUCCGUCACAGGGUCCCACUGCCAGUUAUAAGCUGAUGGCACUGCAAGGAUACUGUCAGUUUCUUUGGCUGGCCUCUGCCUCUAUGGUCCUCCGCAUUGCCCAUUCUUUGUCCUUAGCACAUCUGGAAACUCCUACCUGCCUUGAAAUGUCUGGGAGAGACCUUGCUGAUGCAGUAUAACUACCUUGUUGCUGUGCUCAGUUUUGCCAUGGUGUUUGACUUUUGACAGUAGCUGUCUUCAGGAGCCUCACCUUGUUAGCUGAGUUGGGCUGUUCCUCAGUUUCCAGUUUUAUUCCUCCUACACAGAGGUGUCUGUUUCGGUUAAUGGUUGUGUUUCAACCUACAUAAUUUAUGAUCGUUAGCACCUUUUUUGUAUUAUUGUUUACACCUGUUGAUAUCCCUACAAAAUCCCUGACUUUGUGCAAAUGUUCCUAGAAGAAUUGAUUGCUGUUUUAAUGAGUGGUCACUCUAAAUACUGAUUUGAUUUUAAAGAUUUUUCUUUUCUAUUCACUCACUUUGCAUUUUGUUAAAAUCCAUUAAAAUAACAUAAAUUUUUGAAAGAAUUCUUACUUUACAGCAUUUUUUCCACACCUAAAACUUUUGCUCAGUACUGCAUGUUCUGACCAUCACAUCUGCCUGCUUUCCCUCAGUAUUCCCAAUGCCUUUGCACUGAACUCCACUCACUCCAUGGCUACUGCUGGCCCUGCAUCAGAAGACCUCAGCAGCCCUGUGGAGACAGACACUCUGAAGAUUGAGGAAGUUCAGGCACCAGCUACAGGAACCCGCAAGGCCA